GUCGAAAAUGAACUACAAGAGACUAGCCACAAUCCUAAUAAUACUCUUAUUCUUUACAUAAAGCAACUUGAAAGUGUACUCAAGGAUAUAGGGGUAUCAGUUCCUACGCCUCAUAAUGAAAAGGGGAUAAGAGACUACCAAAAUAUCGGAGUGGCCGUGGACAUUUAUAGCUUAGACAGCUACCAUGGCGGGUUUCUCUCUAGAAACAACUACAAUAGCGCCACUGGAUUUAACGUUGUUCAGACGUACUAUCAGUGGUUUAUGAACUACUUAUGGGCUAGGCCUAUCUACCUCGCCGAGUUUAAAGGCGGACGUACUCUAACUUACGGUGCGCCCCAGAACUAUAACGAUAUGAGCGAAUCAUUUUUCAACUGCGAGAAAAUGGAUCUCUUAUUAUACCGGAGCGAACACAGCACUAAUUUUGCGGACAUAUACUACAAGAAUAACAUCGGUCAACGUGUGACACUCCGGAGUAUUUAUGAAGGCCAUAAGGGGAACUAA